AUCAACCACGUAUCGCCACGUCUGCGCGCAUGCGCAUUGGCCUCAUCUGUGUUCCGGGGCUCGGUCGGUGUAGGAUGAAUUUCUUAAGAGGAGUGAUGGGAGGGCAGACUGCCGGGCCGCAACCGACAGAAGCGGAGACGAUUCAAAAACUAUGUGACCGGGUUGCCUCCUCGACGCUACUAGAAGACCGUAGAGAUGCUGUCCGAGCUCUUAAGUCCCUCUCAAAGAAAUAUCGCAAGGAAGUUGGGAGGCAGUCGAUGGAUCACUUGAUUAACAUUCUGCAAACUGACAGAACUGACUCGGAAAUCCUGGGAUAUGCCUUGGACACACUCUAUAACGUAAUCAGCAACGAUGAGGAGGAAGAACAAGAUGAAUCAGAAGAUGAAAAUGCUCAGAAGCAGGGAGAUGACCUCGGGACCCUGUUUACAGAGAAAUUCCUCCAGGACCCAGAGCAUAUAACCCUGCUCCUCACUCUGCUGGAGGAGUUUGACUUCCACGUACGCUGGCCCGGUGUAAAGCUGCUUACUGCUCUCCUGAAGAACCAGGGCAUCCAGGUGCAGGGGAUUGUCCUCGUCAGCCCCAUGGGUGUUUCCAGAUUAAUGGACCUUUUGGCUGACUCGAGAGAAGUAAUUCGCAAUGAUGGCUUAUUGUUGCUGCAGCAGCUGACCAAAGGCAACGCAGCCAUUCAGAAAAUUGUGGCAUUUGAAAACGCUUUUGAGCGUCUUCUGGAUAUCACCAUAGAAGAGGGCAGCAGCGAUGGAGGUAUCGUGGUUGAGGAUUGUUUGUUAUUGCUAGUGAACUUGCUAAAGAACAACAGCUCCAACCAGAACUUCUUUAAGGAGGGUUCCUACAUCCAGAGGAUGAAGCCUUGGUUUGAAGUGGGGAAUGAUAACUCCGGCUGGUCUGCACAGAAAGUCACAAACCUCCACCUCAUGCUGCAGCUGGUGCGAGUGAUGGUGUCACCAGUGAACUCACCUGGAGCGACAGCUAGCUGUCAGAAGUGCAUGUAUCAGUGUGGCCUGUUGCAGCAGCUGUGUACCAUCCUUAUGGCGACUGGUGUCCCUGCUGACAUCCUCACAGAGAAUAUAAACACAGUUUCAGAGGUUAUCAGGGGCUCACAGGUCAACCAGGACUACUUUGCUUCUGUCAAUGCCCCGUCAAACCCUCCAAGACCAGCCAUUGUGGUGCUGCUUAUGUCCAUGGUGAACGAGAGGCAACCGUUUGUGCUUCGCUGUGCGGUCCUUUACUGCUUCCAGUGUUUUCUUUAUAGGAACCAGAAAGGUCAGGGGGAGAUAGUUGCAACCCUGCUGCCCUCCACCAUCGAUGCCAACUCCAUCUCAGCAGGCCAGCUGCUGUGUGGCGGCCUGUUCUCAGUUGACUCUCAUUCUAACUGGUGUGCUGCCGUGGCCUUGGCUCACGCCCUGCAGGACAACCUCACCCAGAAGGAGCAGCUGCUUAGGGUGCAGCUCGCCACCAGCCUGGGCAAGCCGCCCGUCUCUCUGCUGCAGCAGUGCACCAACAUCCUGUCCCAGGGUGAUAAGAUCGUCCGACGGGGCAGUAAAGUACAGACCAGAGUGGGUCUUCUCAUGUUGCUCUGCACGUGGAUCAGCAACUGUCCGAUCGCUGUCACACACUUCCUACACAAUCAGGAUAAUGUUCCAUUCCUGACGGCUCAGAUCUCAGAGAAUCUGGGAGAAGAUGAGCGGCUCGUUCAGGGUCUUUGUGCUCUCCUACUUGGUAUCUGUAUCUAUUAUAACGACAACUCUCUGGAAAACUACACCAAGGAGAAACUAAAGCAGCUGAUCGAGAAACGCAUCGGGAAGGAAAACUUCGUAGAGAAACUCGGCUUCAUCACCAAACAUGAGCUGUAUUCCCGGGCGGCGCUGAAGCCGCAGCCUGUUUUCCCGUCUCCGGAGCAGAUGCUGUUCGACCACGAGUUCACCAGACUGGUCAAAGAGCUGGAAGGUCUGAUAACCAAAGCUGUUCACAAGUCUAGUGAGGAGGACAAGAAGGAAGAGGAGGUGAAGAAGACGUUGGAACAACAUGAUAACAUUGUUACUCAGUAUAAAGAGUUGAUCAGAGAACAGGAUGCUCAGAUUCAGGAGCUGAAAGAGAAAGUUGUGUCGAUGACUACUCAUACUGAACAGCUACAAGCUACAGUCAGUCAGCAGCAGAGUCAAAUUCAGCAGCACAAAGACCAGUACAACAUCCUAAAACUCAAAUUAGGUAAGGAAAACCAGAGUCAGUCAAACAACCAGGGAGACACCCAGGUGAACGGGCUGCAGACAGAAGAACUUUCUCAGCUCAGAGAGCAGCUGGAGGAGCUCCGGAGGCAACAAACACUUCUGCAGACACAGCUCAGUGAGAAAGAUGCUGUCAUCGACAGCCUGAAAUCAGCAACACAAGCAGCAGAGGGUCCAGCAGGAGGAUCAGACAACACUGAGCUUCUCCAGGAACUAGAGGCGUUAAAGAACCAGGUUCAGUCCCAUUUGGCAGAAAUUGGCCAUCUGAAGGCCGAGAGGCAGGAGCUGCAGAGAAGAGCGGAAGCAGCGUCCUCUGACACAGCACAUCCUAGUGACAACUCAUCAGAUGCAGCCAAGGCAGAACUUGAGAGCAGACUCGCAGCUCAGACGUCUGAGACAGAGAAACUGAAGGAGAGUCGAUCAGAACUGGAGAAGCAGCUGGCUUCAGCCACAAGCACGGUGGCCAUCCUGCAGACGGAGAAGUCAAAGCUGCAGACUGAAGUCCAGGAGUCCAAGAAGGAGCAGGACGACCUGCUGAUGCUGCUCGCAGAUCAGGACCAGAAAAUCCACAGCCUCAAGCAGAAACUCAAAGACCUUGGAGAGACAGUGGAAGAUGAAGAUGACAUCGAUGCCCGGGAUCAGACAUCUGACGAGGAGGAUGAAGAUGAGGACUAGAGAGGAAACAUUAAUAGAAAGGAGAGAAGAAAAGACUUCACGUCUGAGAAACUGAGGAAUAGGACGGGUGUUCACUGAACCAGUUCUCCUCCCUGCUGCCAUGCUGUCUUUGUUUUCCUGUAAUCGGUUACAUCACAUGAGCAUGUUGAGUUUUUGAACCGUUCCAUGUUCAGGUUAUUCUUGCAUUUUCAGAUGGCUGAGAUUUAAGCUUGUCAGUGCAUUCAUCUCCACAGGGUUCCCCAUCGGUCUCGUGUUUAUUUUAUUCUGCUGUUUAUAUAUUUCCUAAUCACAAAACAGAGGCUAGAGUAAAUUAACACCAUUAAUGUGAGAAAUCUGGUGGGGAGGAUUUAAAAAGUAGCAUAGUGGCGUCCUGUCUCACGUCUUCACCUGGAUUUCCUUCACAUUCAGAACCAUCUUACUGUUCUGGUGUUUUAACCACAAGUCGUUCCAUGUUUCCUGGACGGCUCCGCGUAAUUGCUCUACGAUAUGCUGCAAAACUCUGACGGAAAACCUAAAGACCGUGGAAAUGAGACGUAUUUUUUCAACUUUUUAUGCAGUUCUGGCAUCCAGCUUCUGUAUGAUACUGUGUAACUUAUCAAUUUAAGAGCCACCUUGAAAAGUUAAUCUAUCUGUAUGCCGUAUGGAAAAUACUUGUAGAUAAAUUAAAUUUUACUAAAUCUACAA